AUGGAGAACCUCCCGCAAGGCUUGGUGUCGACCUCGACGCAGCUGCCGUCGGGUCUGGAUGACUCGGCCCCCAUCGAUGUGGAUGAUAUUGUGAAACUCUGGAAAGUGUACAGUACCAAUCCGGCAGUGCACGAAGGCGAUGUGGGACAUCGACUGGCUCAUUUCUUCUGGAGAAUAUGGGGCAACGAAAGGAUCCGAUGUUCCCUCGACGGUACAUCCUUGGCUAGGCUCUUCAUGCGCAUCGCGGAGCACACCCCAUCGGCCUCGCUAACGCCACGCACAAAGAAAGAACACCGUCCACAGAAGCCGGAGCCCUCGCGGAAGCUGUCGGACAAUGCAUCUCAAACACCACUCCAGCCCAUCUUGAAGAAGCCCAGCCUCACCCACACCCGCAGCGAGUCGCCCAAGACCACCCGUCUGCUCCUUACAGGGGAAGGCGGCUCAAGCGUCACCCGCAAGCCAUCUUCUAACGCGCCAACCCCUGUCCUUCAGGCCCAGCCGGAGACCACGAAAAGUAAAAAGACGUAUGUCGCCCCGACCAAAGCCAAGGCCAAGUCUAGUAAGAGACGGCCCGUCAUCAUGCGGCGCAAGUCAUCCCAGGCCUCAUCCGGGUCCAACACGCGCAACCACAGUCCAAACAGGGCUCUGACUCCGCUGACAGUCGAAGCAUCCGCCCAAUUAAUGGAACUGGACGACGGCGAGCCCGACGUCGACCCUCCAGGUACGGAGUCGACAGACUCGGUGGAUCUUGUGCUGACCGAUGUCAAAGAAAAAGUGGCCCCUACUGUGGCUCCUGUGGACCCAGCCGAUCUCGAGAAACCCGUCCAGCUGCCGGAAACGUUCCUUGCCGACCUAAAAGACAUACUCCAGAAGAAGUCGCCGUCUCAGAGCGCCCAAUCGUCUCCCCCAAAAUACGGAUUGAUCUCUCGGAUCGACGACUAUACGCAUUAUGACGCGCGGUUCUUCAAGUCGGAGAACUAUGAGCAGCCGUCGUCCGCGUCCCUGGUGGACAAGGACUUCCGGACACGGUUUACCGAGCGCAAGCGGCAGGAGGAAGAGCUGAUCGCGUCGUCGCUGACCACGGGAGAUUCCUCGAUGCCGAUCAACGAAUCCGGAGGCGAAAGCAUGGAGUCCAUCUCGCCGACCUCGCAGGGGACGUCGAUGGCUACGAGUUCGGGUAUUCCGAUCAGGACGCCUAGUCAAAAUGGCUCCAUGUUCUCGCCGAGUGGACGUCGGACGUCGGAUGGAAUGUCCAUAGUAACGCCGUCAUCGAAGGGACGCAGCCAGCUGAGUUUCUUGCUGGAGAAGAGUCGCCUGGAGGAGGCCAUGGGAGGGCGUGAUAGGUAG